AUGCGCUCAUACAUAUAUACAUACAAGGCUCGUUCCCUCAUCCAUUCUAAACCUAGAAACACCAAAAAUUAUGAAAAUAAAAACCCGUACGAUGCAUACAACGUUCUCGCUUCUUCUCCAAUCUUUCGCUUCGAAUUUUCGCUUCGUCUGGGCCAAUCGAGCCAAAUGACGAGAAAGUGA